AUGGGCUGCACCAUGAGCCAGGAGGAGCGCGCCGCGCUGGAGCGCUCCAAAAUGAUCGAAAAGAACCUGAAGGAGGACGGGAUUCAGGCCGCCAAAGACAUCAAACUCCUGUUGCUCGGUGCCGGCGAGUCCGGAAAGUCCACCAUCGUCAAACAAAUGAAGUAGGUAUUGGUGUUGUAAUCGCGAGUAAGGUAAAGAAAACGUAUUUUACAAUAUAAAAACGGGGUUUUGAAGGCAUUUUGCAAUAAAAGUUUUGGAAGUGUAAAAGCUUAUUUUCUUAUGAAAAAAGCUUUAAAAAAUGAAGUUUUGAAACUUUUUUUACUUUUUUAAACAAUGUUUGGCAAAAUUUUGAGUUUUCUACGGACUUUUUGACCCUUAAUCGUAAUUUUUUACAACUUUGAAACCUGGUAUUGAUUUAUCUGGCAAGGUGUUUCAUGAAAUUUUUGCUUUUCGACAAGCUUUUUGACCUUAAUAUACAUUUUUUUACAAACUUUUGGAUCAAAUUUUUGAUUUUUUUCCAAAUUUUCACUAAAUUUUGGUUUUUCUAUAAUUAUUUUGACCAAAAUUUGCGAUAUUCCUCAUCUAAACUAACCCAACUUUAGGAUUAUCCACGAAUCGGGUUUCACGGCCGAAGAUUACAAACAGUACAAGCCGGUGGUGUACAGUAAUACGGUGCAAUCGCUGGUCGCCAUCCUCCGCGCCAUGGGCAACCUGUCAGUGCCGUUCGGUCAGCCAGAGCGAGAAGCCGACGCCAAACUGGUGAUGGACGUGGUGGCGCGGAUGGAGGACACGGAACCCUUCAGCGACGAGCUGCUGGUCGCCAUGAAACGGUUGUGGGCCGACUCCGGCGUGCAGGACUGCUUCAAUCGCGCCAACGAGUAUCAACUAAACGACUCGGCCAAAUACUUCCUCGACGACCUCGACCGUCUAGGCCAGCCCAACUAUCAGCCCACCGAACAGGACAUUCUCAGGUAUGGUGAUGUGACUUUGAUAGGAGUUAUGAUUGAUAAUAUAAGGAAUGGGUAGGGCGGAGGUAAACAAAUAAAAAGUUUUGGGAGGGGGGUCGGGAUAGGGAUAGAGUAGGGGUAAGGAUGGGAGUAAACGUAGCGGGGAGGAGGGGUUGAGGGGUUUAAAGACAAGGGAUGGGUAGCGUAAGAUGAGAGUUCAGGCUAGACAUCAGGAACAAGCCGGGCUUUGAUUUUCAGGCCUGACUCGAUCUAAAUUUGGCCUCAAGGCUGGCUCGGCUUGAUCUUCUUUAUUCCGGGCCGGCCCGUUCUUCAUCUCUAGUUCAGGCUGAGGAGAGAGGUAGGGUAGGGAUAAAAGUAGAGAACAAGGUAAGGGUGGGCGUAGAGGUAGAGAAAGGGGUAACGAUAGGAGAAAAAGCUAUAAUAAUGAACUACAGGCAAGGGUGGACUAGGUGAGAGCGCAGGGUGAUGUCAGGGGUAGAAAUAGAGAUGAAAGUAAAGGUAGGGGUGGAUCUAAAGACAGGGCGAGUUAAGUGAGAGUUUAGAGUGAGUAUGGAGCUAGGGAUAGAAGAAGAGAGAGGAAGGGGUAGGGGUAGAGAUAGACAUAAAGAUAAGGGUGGAUUUAAAGACAAGGUAGGGUUAGGGAAGAGGUACAGGUAAGGGUAUACGUAGGGAUAAAAAUAGAGGUAAGGGUAAACUAGAAAGGGCGCAGCUAGGAAAAAAAUAUAAAAACUAUUUUCAUUUUUAAAAAAAAUUUAAUGUAGGGCGCAACUAGGGAAUCAUUUUUUAAAGUUUAUUUUUUUAGUUAAAAAUUUGAAAAGAUAAAGCUUGAGAAGAAACAGUCAUACCUUGGAGCAAAAUACGGUAACACAACCAUCCAAGGUCUAUUUUUAUGUUUAAAGUUAGUAAAAAGUGAUUGAUGUAAGCCUAAUGCCAUUGACAUUUUAAUUUUACUAAAAUUUUUAAAAACCUUUUUAUAAUAAAGCUCAAUACUUGCAGGACACGUGUCAAAACGACCGGUAUAGUCGAAGUUCAUUUCACGUUCAAAAACCUCAACUUCAAGCUGUUCGACGUGGGAGGGCAGAGGUCAGAGCGAAAGAAGUGGAUCCACUGCUUCGAGGACGUGACGGCCAUCAUCUUUUGUGUGGCGAUGAGCGAGUACGAUCAGGUGCUGCACGAGGACGAAACCACGAAUCGUAUGCACGAAUCCCUGAAACUGUUCGACUCGAUCUGCAACAACAAAUGGUUCACCGAGACCUCGAUCAUCCUCUUCCUCAACAAGAAGGACCUGUUCGAGGAGAAAAUCAAAAAAUCACCGCUAACUGUCUGCUUCCCCGAAUACAAUGGUGAGGCUUUCGGGAGGGGGGUUUUGGGAGGUGGGGUGGAUAUAUAAAUCAGUAAGGGCAUGGGAGUGAGUUUUUGAGGGAUUUUGGUUUGAGACGGGGUAUGGUGAAUAUAAUGAUGAGUAAGGGGAUGGGAGAGGUUUUACAAAUUAAGAUGCCUAUUUGGAUCAGUAAGGGGAUGGGGUAGGUUUUUGGGGGAUUUUGGUGUGGGGUGUGGUUAGGUGAAUAUAUCGAGGAGUAAGGGUAUGAAAGGUUUUUAGAGAUGUUGCUUUGGGCCGGGGUAAGGUGUAUAAAAUGGUGAGUAAGUUGAUGGGAGGAGCUUUUUUGAGGGUAGUAUGGAUUUUCGUGGCGAAAGGUAGAUGGUGUUUUGGAUGGUGAUGAUUUUUAGAUCAGUUUUUAGGUUUUACGAUAGAUUUAGCAUCGGGAGUGUUUUUUGGUAUGAGGAUCGGGGAUUGAGUUUUAUCAGUUAAAAUUGAUUUUUGGGAGAGAGAGUGAGUUAACAUUGGUUUUUUAAAUUUUUUAGGGGUUUUAUCACUAUUUUUUUCAUUUAAGGAUCAUAAAACAGUAUGCCAAGACAUGUCUUGGCGUUUGAAAGUUUUCGUUGUGGGACUUUAUUUAAUAUAAAAAAUUUAUUUAUGACUAAAAUUUUUUAUUAGUUGUGGUAUGUUAAGCCUUAGCUUUAACUUUUUUGUAAACUUGAAUUUGGAUUCAGGAAAAUUGUACACUUAUACUUAAAAAACAUCAAGGUUGAUAUAAAAAUUGUAACACAUUUGAAUUGAUGUAUAUCUUAUGAUUUUCAGGCCGACAAGACUAUCACGAGGCUUCAGCUUACAUUCAAGCUCAGUUCGAGGCCAAAAACAAGUCGGCCAAGAAGGAAAUCUACUGCCAUAUGACCUGUGCCACCGACACGACCAACAUUCAGUUCGUGUUCGACGCCGUGACGGACGUGAUCAUAGCCAACAACCUGCGUGGCUGCGGCUUGUAUUAG